AUGACACAUGUGGCCUGGAAGGACUCGGUCAAGGCAAGCUGCGGUGUAGUCUGCGCUGAAAACUCGAACAGGUGUUCGUCGUCCCCAUGUCUGCAUGGAGCGACCUGCACGGACACUUCGGAUGACUACGUGUGCAUCUGCCCCACCGAGACGGUCCUGUACAUGGGGAAGGACUGCGAGAGGCUGUAUGACGGGUGUGCCUUCGCCGGCUGCCCAAACUGCACCAGCACCCCGGGCACCACAGAGUUCACCUGCUUCUGCCCGGAGGGGUACUCCGGCAAAAACUGCACGCUCGCCGCCGACCCGUGCGAGAGCAGCCCCUGCAGCGGGGUCAGGACGCAGUGCGUCGCCACCGACGACGGCGGUUACACCUGCGUCUGCCCCGGCGGCUACAGCGGGGAGGAGUGCGAGACCCCCUCCCAGUGGGGGUGUUCGGGGGACCCCUGCCUAAACAACGGAACCUGCGUGGGGCUGCCGGGCGGGUUCCGCUGCGAGUGUGGCCCGGGGUACCGGGGGGAGCGCUGCGAGGAGGACGUGGACGAGUGCGGCUCUCAGCCCUGCCAGAACGGCGCCAUCUGCAUGGACGGCGUGAACUCCUACCUGUGCUUCUGCGUGCCGGGUUUCCAGGGCUACCACUGCGAGAUCGACAUCAACGAGUGCGCCUCCAGGCCCUGCGAGAACAACGGCACCUGCAUCAACGGGAAGGACCGGUACCACUGCGAGUGCCUGCUGGGAUAUAUGGGGGUGAACUGUGAGGUGGAGAUCGAUGAGUGCGAAUCCAACCCCUGUAAACACGGAGCCACCUGCCACGACCAUGUGGGCCUGUACACCUGCCAGUGCCCGCUCGGGUUCGAGGGCCUCAACUGUGAGAUCGACAUCGACGAGUGCGCCAGCGCCCCCUGCCUCAACGAGGGCACCUGCAACGACCUGGUGGACAGCUACGAGUGUGACUGCAGCGAUACAGGGUUCAUGGGAGAUUCCUGCGAGGUGGACAUCCCUGAGUGUGCUUCGAACCCGUGCCAGAACAACGCCACCUGCCAGGAGGGAGUCAAGUCCUACACCUGCCUCUGCUGGCCUGGUUAUAUGGGCGACCACUGCGAGGUGGACAUCGACGAGUGUGCGGAGGAGCCCUGCGAAAACGGGGGCACUUGCUUUGAGCGCUCGGACGUGGCGCACUACGGCACUCUGCCCAAACUGGACGGAGAUUUCAGCUACGCCGACGCGGCGGGGUACCUGUGCGAGUGCCUAAUUGGAUUCACAGGAGAGAACUGUUCCAUUAACAUCGAUGAGUGCGAGUCCGCGCCCUGUCAGAACGGAGCAAGCUGCGAGGAUCUGGUCAACGCCUACAAGUGCGCCUGCCUACCUGGGUUCACAGGUACGCACUGUGAGGUGGAGGUGGACGAGUGCGAGAGCCACCCCUGUCAGAACGGGGCGCUGUGUGAGGACGGCAUCGCCGACUACACCUGCCACUGUCCUGCGGUGGAGCCGGGCGAGGUGCCGUGGGGCGGCCGCAACUGCGACGUUCGGCUGGUGGGCUGCCAGGACCACCAGUGUGAGAACGGCGCCACCUGCUGGCCUCACUUUUCGGAGGGCGAGCAUGGGUACAGCUGCCUCUGCCCUCCCGGGUUCUAUGACGAGCACUGCAGCACCCCCACCACCUUCUCCUUCUCCGUCCCCGGCUUCUUCGUCGUCCAGGCCCCCGGCGCCAACCAGACCUCUGCCGGGCCCGCCAUCAAACUGCGCUUCCGAACCACACUGCCCGAUGCAGUCCUGCUCUAUAGAGGGGGAAACGGCAGCUACCUCACCCUGGAGCUCGUGGGGGGCCGCCUGCAGGCCAAAGCCGGCUCAGAGGGCGUGGUCCUGCGGGCGGGGUUUUCGGGCGCGGUGAACGACGGGGACUGGCGUGAGGUCAGUGUGGCAUUGGGCGAGACGCUGGCGCUGGUGCUGAAAGGGGCGGGCUGUGACGGCGAGGGCUGCCUGGUCAGCGACGGUCGCCGUGAUGUCCGCCCCGCGCACACGCACUCUCUCACGCGCGUGGCGGUGGGCGGAGCCCCGGCGGAGUACCUGCACAACACGGACAGCGGGAGAUGGUUCCUGGGCUGCAUGGAGGACCUGCUGGUCGACUCCCAGCCGGUCCUGCCCCAGCGCCUCACCCCACCCCAGGCCCCGGGGCUGGAGCUGGGCUGCAGAAAGACGGAGUGGUGCCUCCCAGACCCCUGCUCCACCCGGGGGCUCUGUGUGGACCUGUGGAACAGCUUCAGGUGCGACUGCCACCGUCCCUUCCACGGGACCAACUGCACAGAGGAGUAUCGCUCCUGGACAUUCGGCAAGGAGAACAGCGUGAGCUACGCCUCGUAUGAGAUCCGGGCCGGUCACAGAGAGAACUUCAGCGUAUCUUUCUUCCUGCGCUCGCUCAAAGAGGACGGCCUGAUCGUCCAGCUGAGGCGGCGGGGGGGGGAGGCCUACCUCACGGUGUACCUGCAGACGGGCCGGGUGACGGUGGGCACACCCUGGGCCACGCCCGCCUCGGCCCCAGUCACCGUCACCACCGGGGAGAGGACGCUGCUGACAGUGGAGUUCUGGAAUGGCAAUGCGGCUCUCAGGGGCCCCGACGGGCUCCACCAGCUGCCGGGGAUCGGCACGGUGACGGUGGAGGAGGGGGACGAGGUGUACGUGGGAGGCCUGCCCGAGGGGGUCGACACGGCACCCUGGGGGGGCCACUUCAAGGGCUGCCUGCAGGACCUGCGUCUGGACAGGGUGCUUCUGGACAUGCAGGGGGGGGCGGCGGGGAACGCCUCCGUGGACAGACGCUACGCUCCCAGCACGGUGUCCAACGUGUGGCCGGACUGCGUCAGUGACGAUGCCUGCCAGGGGGAGCCAUGCCAAAACGGAGGCGAGUGCACGGUCACCUGGAACGACUUCGUGUGCGAGUGUCCCCGCAACUUCACGGGGAAGACGUGCGAGACCAGGGUGUGGUGCGUCAGCGACCCCUGCGUCAUGGGCACCCGCUGCGUGGACCUGCCCGACGGAUAUGAGUGCCACACCAACGCCACGUUCGAGGACAACGCUCUGCAGUUCGGGGCCAACGGCUCCCUGGUCGCCCCGGUAACCAGCGUCUCCAUGGAGCUGCGGACGCGCGAGGAGAACGGCGUGCUGCUGCGGGCCUCCCGCGGAUCCGAGAUGCUCUGCGUGGGCCUGCUCAACUCCACCGUGCUGGUGAAGAUCCGCAGCGGGGACGGGCCGGAGGUGCUGGCCUUCACCAGCCGCCAGCCUGUCUCCGAUGGCGACUGGCACCGGCUGGAGGUUGCCAUGGCGGAGCCGCCGGCGCAGCGGCAGCAGGGCAUGGCUCGUUGGGCGGUGACGGUGGACGGGCAGAACGGUGGCGCCAGCCUGGGUACCGCCGGCAGCCUCAACUUCCUCAACGAGUCGGUGGUGUGGCUGGCGGAGAACUACACAGGCUGCCUGGGGGAGGUGCGGGUCGGGGGGGUGCUCCUGCCCUUUGUCCGCGACCCUGAACCCCCCCAGCAGGCGCGGUUCCUCCAGCAGGGGGGCGAGGAGGCGCGAGUGGGGUGCGAGGGCUCGCCCGUCUGCCUCUCCCAGCCCUGCCUGAACGGCGGCACCUGCGAGGACCUCUUCCACCAGUUCAGCUGCUCGUGCGCAGCCGGGUGGGAGGGGCCUCUCUGCCAGGACGACGCGGACGACUGCGCCUCCUCUCCCUGCGUCCGCGGCACCUGCAGCGACCGGCUGGCCGACUUCCACUGCGACUGCCCCUCGGGGUACAGCGGCAAGGAGUGCGCCCACGACCUGGACGAGUGCCAGGGCCACGCCUGCCAGAACGGGGGCACCUGCCUGGAUGGGGUGGCCAGCUACACCUGCGCGUGCCCCCCGAACUUCACUGGCCCCUUCUGCCAGUGGAGUUUCCCGCCUCUGCGGUGCAACGAGGACCUGCAGUGUGUAAAUGGGGGCGUCUGCAGCGAAGGGAUCUGGGGGGCUAACUGCUCCUGCAUACCUGGCUUCACAGGGGACAGGUGUGAGGCAGAGGUGGAUGAGUGCGAUUCAAACCCAUGCCAGAACGGCGGCUCCUGUAUCGACCGGCUCAACAAGUUCCAGUGCGUGUGCCCCCCCGGGUUCAUGGGUCCUCGCUGUGAGAACAGCAAACAGGAGCACAAGGAGAGGGUUCCGCUGCUGGUGGUGGCCAUCCCCCUGGCCUGCUGCUGUGUGCUACUGGCCGUCAUCGGCCUGACCUUCAUGGUGAUGACGGCGCGGAAGAAGAGGCAGUCUGAGGGCACCUACAGCCCCAGCCAGCAGGAGGUGGCAGGGGCGCGGCUGGAGAUGGACAGUGUGCUGAAGGUGCCCCCCGAGGAACGGCUGAUCUGA